AUAAAAAUAAAAAAAACAAAAAAAACUAAAAAAAUUAAAUAUAUAUAAGAAAUAUGUCAGGCUGGGAUUAAUACGUUGAUUAUCUUGUAAAAGACAAGAUUUGUUAACAUGGAUAUAUAGUCGGAAAACAAGACGGUUUAAUAUGGGCUACUAAUUCAGGACUUAAAACUUUUAAUACUUAUGAUGUUACUGUUGAAGAUAAAAGCUAUUCUUGUAAUGAAGCUAAACUUUUAGUUGCAGCUUGCUAAAACAAAGGAGUUCCUACUGAUCCUAAUAUUGGUAUUAGAAUAAAUAACGAAAAAUAUUAUACUGUUCAUUUUGAUUAAGAUGCUGGUACUUGGUAUCUCAAAAAGGACAAAGGAGGUGCUUCUAUUGCUAUUACUAAUUUAGCUUUAGUUAUUGGUACUUUUUCCUUAGAAUUAGGUUAAGUUCCCGGAAAGGUUAAUGAAAUUUGUGAAAAAUUAGCUUAAUCAUUAAAAGCUAGUAAUUAUUGAU